GAUUAGUUGCAUAGCAACCAGACAGUUUAUGCACACCGCUAGUCUCGCUGAACAACUCGUCUAAUGUUACGCUGUUAGCCAUUUUGGAACGAAUGGUGUGACGAGAACGGCAACGCAAGCUUUUUCGAGGAGAAAACUACAUCAAAAUGGCUACGACUAACCUUCCAGCCAUACCCCAUCCUUUGUCGAGAAUGGAUGAUCCUACAAAUUUAAACGUGAGAGGUUUGUCUCGGGACGGAUCUCGCGUGGCUUCGCGGCAAAGUUUGACUUUCGCUCAAGAUUUUGACCGAGGAAAACUCAACUCCUUACGACCGAUAACAGCAGAUCAAGUGCCUUGGAGGCUAACACGGUCUUCGAACGGUUUUGGAGGACAACACAGCCCGAGAAAUAAUGGAUUUGUGGGUAUUCCAGAAGGUGUGGAGGUGAAGCGAGCCGAAGACCCUAACAAACCGAGUAUUCCAAUUUUCGGGAGCCGUGCUGACAUGGCUAGCCGAGCAGAGAGCCGUCUGUCUCGACUGAACAGUGCGGCAUCAUCACUACAAGGUCCAGACAAAGCUUCAGUUGAUGAGAUUGAAUAUAUAUUAAGAGAGAAGAUGAAAACUGGAUAUUACACAAUCAAGAACACUUUCAAAGAAUCUGAUCCAGAAGCCAAAGGAAUAGUUAGCAGAGAAACUCUGGCAAGGAUUUUACAGAACUUCUUAUCACGGUCGAUCAGUUUGAGCCAGUUUAACAAACUGAUGGUUCGAUUAAGACUGGACCACAAAAAGAUGAUAUCAUAUGAUGAGUUUUAUGCUUCCUUCAGGCCACCAAAGAAAGCGGAUGAAGGUCCAGCUUGGUUGGAACUGGAGAAGCCAGACUUGAAAUACAUGUCCGCUGCACAAGUGCACGCGCACCUUAAGGAAAAAGCUAAACAGAGGUUUUUGGACGUGGCCGAUCUCAUCCCGCAAAUGAACCCGGGAGGUUCGGGACGAAUCCUCAAACCCGAGCUGAGAAACGCCCUCAACAAAAUGGGAUUCUACAUGGAGGAUGAGGAGUUCGAAAAACUCUGGCUGAAAUACGAUACUGAGAACUACGGGACGAUUCGUGCGGAGAGAUUGAUGAGCAAGCUUGGCAUUGCCAUGAGGGAUACGGGCUCGAGAGAAGAAUCAAGCUCUCCGAGGAAGCUUGAAGUGGAAAGGAAGCAUUCUUUAGACGUGGAGAGGUGGUUGAAGAGGAAAUUCAGAGAAGGUUUCUCCGACAUGAAGCACGCUUUCAUGGAGUUGGAUUUAGACAGGAUUGGGAAAGUGAGUCGAGAUGAGUUCAGACGUGUCAUGGAAGAUUUUGGAUUACGCUUGAGUACUGACAAGCAAUUGGAUGACUUUCUGGCGAGAUGCGGUGUGGAAGCAUUCAAUGGCAAGAUUUCUUACAAGGAGUUUCUUCGUCGCUUCCAGGAUCGCAGUGAACAGGGAAUGCCUCACAAGAUUUUAGCUAAUCCACUACACAGAUACCAUCACAGUGAAGUUGGAAGUAAUUAUUCAACAACUUCAGCGAUAGAAGCUAGGAUCAUGGAUUCAUUUCAAAAGGACUUCUUGGCACUGUUGGGUACAUUCCAUAACAUUGAUCGCAGAGAUUCUGGACUUCUGACCCAGCAACAGUUCCGCGCGGCCAUUGAAGGAAGAUUUGAACUGAACAUGACAGACCAGGAGUUUGACUUGUUUCUGAAAAAAGUUCCUAUUGACAGUGACGGGAUGGUGAAAUAUGUGGAGUUCAUGUCCAAGUUUGAUACGUUUGAAACCAAAAGUCUGUUUGACCGCUCCAGUGUCGUGGACCGGAAAGAAAGUCUCCCUCCUCUACCGGAAAUUGACAGCCCACCGAUGUCACCGAAGAAACAACUUAGACCAAUUAAAACCAUGGAUUCAUAUAACAGCCAAGAAGGGAGAAGUGUCGAGGAAUUGAAAGCUCUUAUCAAGAAAGUUCUACAGAACAAUUACCAGGCUUUUGAAGAGGCCUUCUAUGAACUGGACGAAUUGAACAGCAAGAAAAUGUCACAGAACGUGAUGAUUAAACUUCUAAAAAAGUUUGGUCUUUCUAUAAGCCGUAAUGAGGUAAAGCGCCUCUGGGAUACACUGAUUACAGAUCACAGAGGCUCUCUCGAGUAUUGGCAGUUCGUGCGGACGUUUGGUUACUCACUGGAUUCUGCAGCUUUUCCUAAUGCCAAAGUCUCGCCGCCCAAGAGAGGUGACAAUGAUUUCAUGAUGCGAUCCAACAAACUGAACAGUGACAAGCACUUACUGCAUCAUCUGCUAAAAUCCAACAUCGACUUCCAUUGGGAGACACUCUGGAACGAGUUCACCGCCAUUGACCGACAGGGCACUGGGACCGUGUCGAGAAAAGACUUCAUGAAUAUUUUGCAAGAUAUGUGUGUUGAACUAACGGACUACGAGAGUCAGAUGUUGUGUGACAAGUUUGAUCCCAAGAAGGAGGGAAGAGUAAACUAUAUCAAGUUUUUAGAACCGUACUCCAAACAACGAAGGGCACACCGCCAUGGACACAAUAUGCAAGCUGUUAUGAAGCAUCCACAGGCUGAACUGCCAAUGGAUGAUGUUGUUCAAAAACCAAAUAAGGGAUUGUCGACUAUCACAGCUAAACUCAGGGACAAGUUGUCAGGAAAAUGGAUAAAUCUUAUGCGAGCUUUCAAAAAACUCGAUAAGGACAACAAAGAUUUUCUCACGCUUCAAGAAUUCCGUCACGUGUUAGAGCUGUGCAACGUGGUGCUGGAUGAGGAAGAUAUUUAUCACAUUUUAACAGAGUUUGACGAAAAGGACGGCGAUCAGAUAAGAUACACAAAGUUCUUAGACAAGAUUAAGUGACAUGUCACUACUAGCGUGCCACACUUGUGUGUACUAUCAGCAAAUAAUUAUUUGUACAGUUUUAAAAUUAGAACUUGUUACAAGAUUGUAUAAAUGUGAAACGUCGGCUAAAGAGAGCAAGAAAUACUGUGGUCCAUAUUAAUGUUCUCGACUGGAACUACAAUGGACGUCAAGAGUGUUGAGACACUUGGCAGUGAAAUUCGAUUUCCGUGCGUCUUGGACAAAUUUUCUCCCCUUCCCCCUGAAACAAUGUUGAUUUUUCUGU